GCUGCAAACCUAUUUGUGUGAAGAUGUUCUGCUCUGUGUUACUUUUAUUAUAAUUAAGUGAAUUAUUGUUUCUACCCCUGUGACGCUGAAAAUCCCUCAAUGUUUUUCCACUUAAGCCCAUUUUCUGCGGUGUGUGUGCAUAUUUAGGCUAAUUGUGUGGCUGGAAAAGGCAUUUGUUUUGCAACAGAGAAACAGUGACAGAAACUUUUGGAAGUUUUUUGCUCUGGGGACUUUCUUAUGGAAAAAAACUGCAAAAGUACGCGCCUAUUGUAUUUUGUAAGAAUUAUUACAACCAUGACAAUGACAAAAGAGGCUGUCUAAUGAUGUGCAAUGGUAAAAUUUAUUGUUAGCUGUUCCACUAAAUACUGCCCUCAUAUUGCAAAAUAGGAAUAGCACAAAUUUGUGAAGUAAGAAAUUCAUGAAAUGGUAAAACCAAACAAUACCUAAAAUAAAGUAAGAGGCAAGCAAAUAGCAGUGAAACGCAGCAAAAAUUCAGCAACAAAGAUGAAUGUGAAGAUCUUUCGAAGAGGCUCAGCAAGAUGCAUUGGACUGCUGUCGGCUUUGGUUACAAUACUCCUCUGUCUAUACUACAUCUCAAUGGGACAGCCGCAAUCCUCCGCACGAGAGCGCGGUGCCACCGACAAGAGAUCCCAUACAAAUGAAAAGCUUAAGGCGGCAAAUGAGUCAUGGAACAACUGGCUGGACCUCAGCAAGCAGGAGUCGAGGAAGAAGAUGAUUGGUAAUCUGAUACAGUCGAAGAAUUCGUCAAAUUCUAUUGACGACGGAAAGUUCUCUGCGCUGAGCAUCAAUGAGGACUGGACAAAGUGCAGAAAACUGGAUGAGAGCCAAUCGGACAUCACAACAUUGGAAGAAUUUGCAAAAUUUGACUUCCAGCCCGAGUGGAUGAAGAGCAAAGAGUACUGGGACAAAAGCUUUGAGGCACGUUUUGAGGAAUUGCGCAAAAAUCCAGAGCGCCCCCCACUUAAAGUAAUUAUUGUGCCACAUUCACACAAUGAUCCCGGAUGGCUUCGAACGUACAUCAACUACUUCGAACUGGACUCUCGACAAAUACUCAAUCUAAUCGUGGCCAAACUUCAAGAGUAUGAGGACAUGACGUUCAUUUGGUCUGAGAUAUGCAUUCUGCAACUAUGGUGGGAUCAGGCUCAUCCUCAGAAGCAAAGGGCUCUCAAGCAGCUGGUUCAGUCAGGGCGCCUUGAAAUAACCACUGGUGGCUGGGUAAUGACGGACGAGGCGAAUGUACACAUCUAUGCGAUGGUUGAUCAGCUAAUUGAGGGUCAUCAGUGGGUCAAGAACCACCUCAACGUCACACCUCGCAUCGGUUGGUCUAUUGAUCCCUUCGGCCAUGGCAGCACCGUGCCAUUCCUGCUCUCCUCUAGCGACUUCCAAGGCACCAUCAUCCAGAGGAUCCACUACGCCUGGAAGCAGUGGUUUGCUAAACAUCAAGCUGGAGAUUUCUUGUGGAAGCCCUACUGGCAGGAACAAUCACGAACCACAAAUCUCCUCACACACAACAUGCCCUUCGACAUCUAUUCCAUCAAGCAUUCUUGCGGCCCUCAUCCCUUCAUCUGUCUUAAUUUUGAUUUCCGCAAAAUCCCCGGCGAGUAUACAGAAUACUCAAUCAAAGCCCAGUUCAUCACCAGAGAGAACAUCGCCGCGAAGGCGGACCUUCUUAUUGAACAGUACGCUAGAACAGCCUCCCUCUUUCCGCAUAAUGUUGCCCUAAUUCCCAUCGGAGAUGACUUCCGGUACAACAAGGAGCGAGAAUUUGAGCAGCAAUACGUGAACUACAAGAAACUUGUGGAUUACAUCAAUGCCCACAAGGAUAGAUACAAUACUGAAAUAUCUUUUGGGACACCUGCAGACUAUUUCCGCGAGGUCAAGAAGCGCCAGGAUAAGUUCCCCACUCUCAAAGGUGACUUCUUCGUUUACUCAGACAUCUUUACCGAGGGUAGGCCAGCUUAUUGGAGUGGCUACUACACCACAAGACCAUCCUACAAGAUUCUAAGUCGUGAUCUUGAACAUAAUCUCAGAUCUCUGGAAAUCCUCUUCACCAUAGCAUUCAAUAGAGCGCGACAGAGCAAGAAUUAUGACACUCUCAGGAUAUUUGAAAAGAAUUACGAGAAGAUCAUCCAUGCCAGGAGGAAUUUGGGACUAUUCCAGCAUCAUGACGCCAUCACGGGAACUUCCAAGUCUAACGUAAUGCGAGACUACGGAACAAGGAUCUUCACCAGCAUUCAAGACACAAUGAAGCUCCAAGAAUCAACCAUUGAGACUCUACUGCAGAAGAAUGAUCACACAUUAGAGCAUGGAUUUAUACUAAGUGAACUGGAGAGAGAUAGUUUCAGUAAGAUCCCAAGGAAGACACCCAUCCACGUGACGCAGAACAAAUCAGUGGAAUUUGUGGUUUACAAUUCCCUGCUCCAAGAGCGAUUAGAAGUGGUUCUCCUUCGCACGUUGUCUCCCAACGUGAGAGUAUUCAACAGUGAAAGAGAGGAGAUGGAGAUUCAGAUAAAUCCAGUCUGGAAUAUUACAGAAGCGUCCGAUACGUUAACCAAUAUGUAUGCAAGUGGAAACAUCGCUAAUAGGAUUACAAUUUCAGAGCACGAGUACGAAAUAAUGUUCGUGACUAAGUUGCCAGGCCUUUCCUUGUCCACAUUCACUGUUGAAUAUCUCGGUGACUCCCAUAGUCGCAUGGCUACAAUUUAUUGCAAUGAAUGCCAUAACGAUCACCACAAAGACUUUGAGGUGCGCAACAAGUUGCCUGGAGAUGUGCAGCUGGAGAACCAGAAGAUGAGGCUUCUGUUUGACGAGCACAGUGGCUUCCUGAAGACCGUUACAAUGAAGAACAUGGGUAAACCUAUCCAGUGUGCAAUUUAUUUUGGUGCCUAUCGCAGUGCCCAGUUCCACUCCGGUGCUUAUCUCUUUAAAACGGAUACUGAUCAUCAGAAUCCUGAGAAAGACGUCUUGGAACAGUACACGGAUAUAAAGAUCCUUAUCACAUCUGGUCCCAUCGCCAGCGAUGUGACUGUGAUCUAUGGGCCCUUUAUGGCGCAUACUGUGAGAAUCUACAACACGAAAACUGACCUAGAUCAGGCGAUCUACAUCGAGAAUGAUGUGGACUUUGAACCACCACCGAAGAAUCGAGAGACUGAGCUUUUCAUGCGACUGAUCACUGACAUUGAGAAUGGGGAAACGCCUGAAUUCUUCUCGGAUCUCAAUGGCUUUCAGUUUCAGAAGCGCGUAAAGGUCAGCAAGAUCGGGAUAGAGGCUAACUAUUUCCCCAUCACCACGGCCGCCUUCAUUCAGGACAACAAUUUGAGACUCACCUUGCUGACAAACCACGCUCAGGGAAGUGCAAGCCUGGAACCCGGACAACUGGAAGUCAUGCUGGAUAGACGCACUCUCUACGAUGAUUAUCGCGGAAUGGGUGAGGGCGUUGUAGACAGCCGACUCACGCGUCAUCGUUUCUGGCUGCUGUUAGAGCCCAAGUCCAGCUCACAAGCAACACCCGCCGAGCCUGCAAAGGAGAAGAGAGAUGACCAGGCAGAAAAAUACAAUGUUCUGAGUCUCAUGGGGAAUCACAUGAGCAACGCUCUCAAUUAUCCAGCCAACAUCUACUUCGUGGAACCCAGCGAUGAUGUUCCGCUCAGGAUAAACAAAGCAGUGCUGCUCUUGAGACACACCUUCCCAUGUGAUUUUCAUUUACUGACGCUCAGGACUCAGACGGAAAUAAAUCUACCUUUGUUUCCAUCUAAGAACGCCCUGAUGGUCGUCCAGAGACAAGGACAUGACUGCCAAUUGUCGCAGAUCGACAACAGUUGUACCAAGUUUCGCGGCGUUGAGAAGCAGCUGUUCAGGGAUGUGUUCAUCCAGAAUAUCACUCAAUCCAGCCUCACUGGGUUGCAUGAGAAGUCGAGGGUGGAGAAGUUAAGUGAUAUGUCUAUUGAACCAAUGGAAGUUAGAACCUUCAUACUAAGGUUCUGAGGAGUAGGACAAUUUUAAUAUUCACCCCUAGUGUGAGUUUAGCAAAUGAUGGAAUUUGUGCAAAAAAAUGUGAAUGAAAAGUCUCGAUAGGAAAUCUUCAUUUUUUAAAUGACUAGAACUAGACUAUAUGAUUACGUCCACUGUUGAUUUGUUUUAAAUAUUCUUUAUAUAGAAUGAUUAAAAUUCCUAUUUUUCACCUUAUUUAUAAAGAAUAGAUAUAAGACUUGGAAGAACAUAUGUAACUUAAGAUUUAUAUAUACUUUAUAAAAUGUUCAGAGACAGAAUGUAUGAAAAGGAUUUAUAAAGGGAGCUGUAAAUGUUUGAUCGGGAAGCAGAGUCAAAGAGAAUUAUACUAAAAAUUAGCAAUUGACAAAAAUUAUCAUUAGAGAUCAACUUGAGAACAAAUUCCUCAACAGAUAUUAAAUCUUGAAAUAUUCUAUACAAUUCAAAGUAUUACAUAGAUUUAAUUUUCUAAUGAUUGAAAGUGCAGGUACAUACAUAUGUUUGUAGAAAUAUAUAAACACUAUUUAGUGACAAUGUAGAGAUUAGACGGAAGCAAACAUGACAAAAUGUAGGUAAGGUAUUUAAUAAAGUAUUAUUAUUUCAUUACUUUAGAAUUAGCAUGGGCAUUAUUCAAAGAUUUAUUGCGUUUUUGGCUUUAAUUUCAGUUCACAUGCCCAUUUAUUUUGUACCUAAUUAUCUAAUUUCGGUGCAGCAAAAAAAGCAGUCUAGACUAGAGGUGUAUGUGUAGCAGCUUAUCUAUAAUUGUGUUAUUGUAAGAGAAAUUCGUGCUCUGCAGUUCACUUUCGAUCUUUCU